AUGUUGUUUUAUCUCACAACACUUAACUUGGCCAAAGUGUUGCAUGAAGAUGCACCUACCUUAAAGGAGGGAGAGACUGACAAGCAAAUUGUGGCAGCAGUUGAAGCAUGGAAACAUUCAGAUUUUCUAUGCAAAAAUUACAUCCUCAAUGGACUUGACAACACGAUGUAUAAUGUGUAUAGUCAAGUGAAGACAACUAAGAAGCUGUGGGAGUCUUUGGAGAAGAAAUACAAGGCUGAAGAUGUUGGCAUGAAAAAAUUCAUAGUUGGCAAAUUUCUAGAUUACAAAAUGGUUGACUCUAAGACAGUGACAAGCCAAGUCCAAGAGCUUCAAAUAAUUUUGCAUGAAUUACAUGCUGAGAAGAUGGAAUUAAGUGAGUCCUUUCAAGUUGCAGCAAUUGUUGAAAAGUUACCACCAUCUUGGAAGGACUUCAAGAAUUAUCUGAAACACAAGCACAAGGAAAUGGGGCUUGAGGACUUGAUUGUGAGACUGAAAAUUGAGGAAGAUAAUCAUGUCUUUGAGAAGAAAGUGGGAAAACAUCCCAUGGAGUCCAAGGCAAACUUGGUGGAACCAAAGGCUAAUAAAAAGAGAAAGCACUUUGGUGAAGGUCCAAGUCAAGGGAAGAACAAAUACAAGAAGUUUGCUAGGAAGUGUUACAUUUGCAAUAAGCAAGUGCAAGGCCAUAGUGCCAAGGAUUGUCACUUGAAAGAACAAAGUAAGGAAAAUAAAUCACAUGUGAUUGAGGAAUAG